AAAGCAGCUCAAACUGGGAGGGGUGGGGGCGAGAGAAAUACCUACCCGGGGACCUGCCCCGGCACAAGCCCCACUUCUUGCAAGCAGCCUGACCGAUCACUUGUUCCUGGGCAGCCCCCACCAACAUGUAGCAGAGAUCCCAUGGGCUUGGGUCAGCUGCCACAACUACUGGGACGCAGGAGUUUUGUUUAGUUAUUUCCCCCUGUCCUGUCUCGCAAGCCUCGUCCUCCAGAUCCCUGCAGCACCUGCAGCCUCCCGGGAUAAACAGACCUCAGCGACAAGGCACCUUAACCAGAGCCAGCCCCAGGGAGGAGCGCUUCUCUGCAGCAACUCAGGGACUCGAAGAAACUUCGUACCAAAACUUUCUGUUGUUGCUACUUUGCUUUGUUAACCCCUUUGGGCAGUUGUGUAACAGCUGCUCUUCUCACCGAGCUCUCUGCCUUUAAUCAGGUUAAGCACCAAAAAAGAAAAGAAAUCAUCCCAUGAGUUAGAAGGGGGGAAACAGGAAUAAAGUUAUUCUUAAAAAAUCACAUUUGACCGUCAAGAAGAGAGGGAGGCAAACAAGAUCUGUAGCAAAGGGGUGAAGCAGUGAAUGGAAGGAGCAGUUUUACUGGAAUCAACAAGUGAGAACUUCUGGACGCCUUGUUCUUUUCCCCUCCCCUCCCUUAUCCACCCCGAAGGCUUUUAAACUGUUGUUUUAAAUUGUUGCUGGAAAGAAAUUGACCCUAUUUACUGAUCUCCCUUCUUGCGCGUUUAUAAAGGAUUAUACACCUAAUAAGUCACCUCUACACGAGCAAUGAUUCCAAAGCAUUGCACCGCCCUGGCUGUUUGCGUCCUUCACGGAUUGCUUUGGCUACAAGGUCUAUCUCUGGAAGAAUUACUACCGAAACCAAAGUUGAACAUUACAGAAGAUCAAAUUGUAAUCCAUGCAGGCGAUUUCUUUGCCAUAACAUGCAGGGGAGCAGCCCCCAUGACCUGGCUAUGGGGAAAUGAAUCACACAAAGACAGUGACAGGUGGACUGUCUCUGAGCAGACGUGUUCAGACAAUGAACAGCAGAUCUGCAGCAGGCUCACGAUCACCAAUACCAUAGCCCAGGACACCAGUUAUUUCACCUGUGGUUAUAAUCACCUCCUUUCUAACAAAGACCUCGUGGCCACGACAUACGUGUUUGUUAAAGGUAAGAGCUUUAUCCUUCUAGACCUUCUCUCUACGGAAGCAAAUUGGUGGUAUCAGCUAGUGUUCAGUUGUUGGCCCCACCUGUGCUCAUUACAGGCAGAAAAGCCAAUGCGGACGCAUUCACAGCUCUCCUGACCCUUCCACUCACCAUCUCAG